UCUGGGGUUGUGGGUCUGGGUCUGUCCACUUGCUGCUGUCAAUCAGAGGUGAAAACAAAAUGGCAAUGAAGCGGAGCUGGGUCUUCUUCCUAGCAGUAUGUGCCAUCUGUUCUUUGGGGGCCGAUGCGGAUAUCAAAUUCAACAUUCCCGUGGGGAAGUUAUUCACAUUCGAGCUGAUGAGGGAAACGUUCCAAAAUGACUUUCAGCCCUUGUCAGUCCUCACUGGCAUCCUGUAUAAUGACCCCAUGGUGUUCAAGUGCAACCUGCAGUACUCCCCCGACCUGCCUGAAUGGCUGCGCCUCACCCAGAGACACCCCUACGACAACGGCUUCCUCUACGGGACCCCCACGUCUGCGGGGAAGAGCAUCAUCGAGAUUUAUGCCAUUAAUAAACGGACUUAUGAAACAACCAAGGAGAAACUCAUCAUACAAGCCUUUGCGGAAAACAUGCUGCCCUACCAAGCAGAAUUCUUCCUCAAGCUGAGAGAGAUAGAGAAGGUGCUGCCCUCUAGCGUUCAGAAUGAGAUAAAGCAAGACUUGCAGAAGCUUUGGAAGACAACGGAGUUGCAGAUAGUCAACAUCACCAACGCACUCGACCGUGGAGGCAGAGUCCCCCUUCCGCUGGCAGGCCACUACGAGGGGGUGUAUGUUAAGGUGGGCUCAGAGCAGUACUUCUCAGAGUGUCUGCUGAAGGUGCUGACCCCUGACCAGCAGAGGCAGUGCCAGGCGGGGGCCAGGGUGAAGAUCCCCGGGGGGUGCAACUACUGCAACAUCCCCGGCAACUGCAUCACCUGGUGCAAGACCCAGCUGUUUGACUUCUCGAGUCCGGAGCCCAGCGCCCCUCCCCCCACCAUGGGCCCCGGAGUCCUGGAGGACGGGGGGGUGUUUGACCCCCCCGAGGCCCCCCCCAGCAGGGACUUCCUCCCGGACUACCUGGUGACAGUGAUCGUGCCCCUGGUGCUGGGCCUCAUCCUGCUGGCGCUGCUGGCCUACGUCAUGUGCUGCCGGCGGGAGGGAGUGGAGAAGAGGAACAUAAAGACUUCAGAGAUCCAGAUGUAUCACCACCACACCAUCCACGGGAACAGGGACGAGCUGAGGAGCAUGGCGGAGGGCCGCCGCGUGGCUCCCCUCUCCACCCUGCCCAUGUUUAACUUCCGCACCGGGGAGAGGUUUGCCCCCCUGCAGUCAGACAGCCCCAGCAUCCCCCUCAUCAUGGCCCAACAUGAACCCUCCGUUGACUCGAUGCCAAGGUAAAGCCCACCUGGUCUACCUUCGAUGUUGGAGAGGAACAUGCAUGACAAACGUAUGUUUAUUUGUUUUUAAAAUGGGGGCUGGCGAAUUUCCCCCCCCCUAUAUAUACAGGAAAUCACACGCUGGAUGUUUACUUAUGUUUUUCGUGCUUCAAAAAUAUUAGUUAUACAUUAUAUCCACUGAAAAUAUGAUAAAUUGUCUUUCACGGUUUUAUUAUUAACAUGUAUUUACUUAGCCAUGACAGUAGAGGGCGAUGUUGGAUAGUGUUAUUUCUAACGUUUCUGAAAAAAUAAAGAAAUAAAGAAACAAAGCUAUGCUUCCAAUACAUAUCAGUCUUG